CCUCUCAGAGCCCAGACCCCUCUCCUUGUGUGGAGAGGCUCAGAAGGAAACAGUACACAGUCAGAUGAAGACUUUCAAGAAAGAAGACGAGAAGUAGACAACCUGCUGAAGAAAAAUGCUGACUGGAUUUGGGAUUGGUCCAGUCGACCAGAAAAUAAUCCCCCCAAGGAGUUCCUGCUGAAGCACCCCAAGCGCACGACCUCUCUCAGCAUUAGGAACACCAGUGUCAUGAAAAAGGGAGGCAUUCUCUCAGCUGACUUUCUGAAGCUGUUUUUGCCAUCAUUAAUCAUUUCCCACAUCCUGGCUGUUGGAGUAGGGAUAUACAUUGGAAAGCGCCUAACUUCCCAUAACCCCUCAACCUAUUAAGUUGGUCACAUUGUAGUGGUCAUACAGCUCAUGCCUUAAAACUGGAUUUUGUGCAGCUCCAGAGGGACAAGAGGGAGCUACACUGACCAUCAGUUUAUAAAGCAAGUCCUCAUUGCGUUCUCAGUAUCUCCUGCUCAGCCAGAUGACCGUUGCUGCUUUUUAUAUAUCUACAUCAAUGUGUCUGAGCCAUUUAUUAAAAUGAAAAUCAACCAAAUAGAUUUUAUUUUGAAAAUUUUAAGAAUCAUUCUAAAGGGAUCAUCUAGUUACGUGAUUUUUACAUUUACUGAUUUUUCAGCUUUUUUGAAUGUACUACAAGUGUAUAAAAAACAUUUAUGGUCCUUAUUGUGUUUCAUAAGCUAAAUAAAAAUGUUACAUAAUGUG